UACAAAUCAGUUCAAUUUGUACCUCUGUCUUUACAAACAUAUAUACACCAAUUUAAAAAUGAAUAGAUGUGAAUCCACUCUGGCUUUAAUUGAUUUUGAACAAGUACAACAGGAUGACUAUUCAUCUGGAUACGAAUCCACACCAUCAGACUCAGAGUCAUCCACAUUAACCAAGAAACCUCAGAAUAACAGACUGAUACCUAUCAGUUACAACAGGGACCCAGUCAAGAUCAAAGAGAAGAUGAGCUACAGAAAUACACAAACUCUGACAGAACAAUUGAAGGUCAUCUCAUCCAUACCAGAACUUUGUGAUGUUACAUUUGAAGUGGGUUCAGAAAAGGUCAAAGUUCAUGGUGUCAAGGCCAUCUUGGGAACAAGAAGCAGAGUGCUGUACAAUCUUAUCUUAAAGAAACAGAAAGAAGCUGAAUUUCAGAGAAAAGCUGAUAAAAAAGACAAGAAAAGGAAAACUUCAGUUCAAUCAGACAAAGUGAUCAUUGUUGUGAAGAAGUAUGAACCAGAGGACUUCAGAAUGAUCAUACAGUUCAUACACAGUGGUUCUGUGGACAUCAACAGUUCAUGUGUAGCUGGACUUUUAUGUGGUGCAGCACAAUUUGGUUUGGAUGACCUUGAAAGAGCAUGCUGGGACUUUAUCAACCAUUCUGUUAAAUCAGGGACCAUCUCAAAGAUUAUACCAGCUGCCAAGAGAUACAGUCAUCAUAUAACUGGACAACAACUCCUAGAGAAGACAUUCAGUUUAUCAGAGCAAAGUGUUGACCUUUGACUUUAAGUGCUGACUGAUUGUUUUGUUAAAACCUUAGUGCUAUACUG